GGAACCUUCUUGAAGCUUUAUUGUUUAUUCCCUAGAACCCAAUGGAACCUUUUUCCACCUCAUAGAUAUAUUUAUCCAUCCAUGUGGCUGCUGAUUUUCUUGACAAACAAAGUUCUAUUGGACCCCACUUCAUAACCGACCUUCAAAGUUCUUUCUUUAUAUACAUGUUUUCCUUAACACUCUUUUCAUGUCACAGGUUCUUGAUUUUGAGAUUUUAUAAAAAGGGGUUGUUAAAGAUUUGAUCUUUUUGACAAAAUAUUGAAAUUGGAAGAUACCCUUUUGCUUAUUUGUUGUUAUUUGAGGGGAAUUUGGUGAUUUUAUAAAAAGGGGUUGUUAAAGAUUUGAUUUUUUUUGAAGAAAUAUUGAAAUUGGAGGACACCCUUUUGCUUAUUUGUUGUUAUUUUGUGGGAAUUUGGUGAUUUUAGAAAAAGGGGUUGUUAAAAGUUUUGAUAUUUUUGAAGAAAUAUUGAAAUUAGAGGAUACCCUUUUGGUUAUUUGGUGAAUGGAGAUGGAGAUGGAGUUUAAAGAAAGGUUGCCUUCAUAUUAUAGUGUACUUGGUGUAAAUGUUGAUUCUUCUGAUGAAGAAAUUAGACGUGCCUAUAGAAAGCUAGCAAUGCAAUGGCACCCUGAUAAAUGGACUAGGACACCAUCAUUGUUAGGUGAAGCUAAGAGGAAGUUUCAGCAAAUUCAAGAAGCUUAUUCAGUGUUGUCGGAUCGAAAGAAGAGAAUGAUGUAUGAUGCUGGCAUGUAUGAUCCUGAAGAUGAUGAUGAUGAGGGAUUUGCUGAUUUUCUACAAGAAAUGGUAUCUCUAAUGGAAGAUUCAAGGAAAGAGGAGAAAAGUUACAGUAUGGAUGAGUUGCGAAGCAUGUUUUGGGAGAUGGCUCAAGGGUUUGAGACUUGUAAUUGGUCUAGCUUUUCUCAACAAACUCAGAACUUUGAGUCUCCGCAAUGGUUUUGUGGUAGUUCUAUGGCUUAUGAUGGCUCCAGAACAUCUCAGUUGAACGCGAAUUUCGCAGACACAAAUCCCUUCUUCGGUUUCUCAACAAUGCAGAUGCAAGGGGCUAAUCGUUUCUGCAGAUAAAAAUAAUGAAGGUUCUUCAAGAAAGUAGUUUAUAUGCAAAGUUUUCACUUUUCAGUGUUUUUUUGCAUCUUUAGAAUGUCGAGUGUAGCAAAUGUUCAUAUAGAAGUGCUACGAAUUUUGGC